AAAGAUAGGAAGAGUGACGUUGGAAAGAUGGCGGAAGCGGAUGAUGAAGUGGAUUCUGAACACAAUGGCGGUAGAAUCAAGGAGAAUUGGAGUAUUGUCCAAAAUAAUAGAAAAUGGAGUAAAGUAGUGUACAGUGAUGAGAAGGACCCAUCAUAUCUAGUAGGAGUACAGUUUGUUAAUGAAUGAGCAACUGAGCAGAGUACCAAUCUUGAAGAAACCAUUUGUUAUCCAAACUGGUGGAGAGAGUGCUGGGUAAAGUGAAGGCUGUGAGGAUCACGAGAGGUGGCCCUGUUUAUAUUUUUUUUGCUUCCGCGGAUCAGAAGGAACGUGUGUUGUGUCUGAACCGAUUUGAUCUGUUUGAAGUGUAGUGUGUGUCUCUUUGGAACAGGGCACCCCUCAAGGGGGUUAUAUUUGGCGUCUUGUGGUCGAUUUUGAAGAGAUUACAAAUAUUCCUGGGGUGACUUGAAGCACGUCGGAUGAAUCGUGUAGUGAUUGGUGAAAAAGUGAGGAGUCUGUGUUUGUUUUAAAAAUGGAGUCUCUCCCUACUCAAGUGCAGUUAGGGUAUAACUACAGAGUCAGAGCAUUUAUCCCAAGACCAAUGCAGUGUGAUCACUGUGAAGCUUUUGGUCAUGUAUCAAGUGUUUGCAGAUGAGAGAAGCCGAGAUGUCCAAGUUGUGGAAAAAACCAUAUGUGUUUAUAAAAGUAAUGAAUGUUGCAAUUGUGGUGGGAACCAUGAAGCCAUGUCUUUUGAAUGCUCCACAAUUGUGAACGAGAAUGAGGUGGCCAAAGUCAGGGCUGUGCAGAGCAUUUCAUAUGCAGCAGCUGUGAAAAGGGUUGAGGGUUUGAAUGGUGCACCAGAAGAGUCCAUGGUGGUGGAUAGGCCUGCAUUGCAGGCUGCAGGGGUUACCUUUCACCAGCAGGAUCCUGACAUUUUAAAGGUUAAGAAGGUGGACUUUUUGGCCUUUAUUGCUAUGGUAAUUAAUGGCAACUGCAUAGGUGGAGAGAAUGUCCAGGAAGAUCAAAUUCAUUGUGGAUGCACCUCAGAGCGGUUGCUGGGGUUGAAAGAUUUCUCAGCGAAAUAUUUACAUGGAAUAUUGGCGCAAGCCGUACCUCCUUCUCAGGUCUUAGAGCCUGAGAAGGGACACAUGUUGAAUUGAAAGAAGGAAAAAGUGGGAGUUUUGUUUGUUUCGGCAAUGUACAAUUAUAUUAGGGUGGAUUAAGGUUCACUAUUACUUAUGGAUUUAUUAUUUAAUUGUAUUUUGGGGGAGGGGGGGGGGGUUUCAAACCGUCCAGUUGGUGGCGGCAAUACACCUUUUUGGGUGUAGUCUGCCAUAAAACCCACAAGAAGAAGAACUUCUCAAACGGGAGAUAUAGAAGAAAGACUGAUCGCUUCUCCGCAGUAAGGCCGGCAGGAUGGCCCUGUCAGACAAGGCUCUGGUCCUGGGUGUGUUGGCUGGAGCGGCUGGCCUCAGCCUGGGCACUGUGGUGUUGUACAACAGUAGGAGGGCCGUGCCAACGAGUGGACAUGGUGUGCACAGUAAGCUGUACCUCAGCAGUAAUGACCAGCGGGUGGCUGGAGCCAGUAUGGUGGUCAGGGAAAUGCCGGGUCAGGCUGAGGUUUCUGAUCGUCUUGCAGCGCUGAUCCAGUGUGUGUCAGAGCUGAAGGAUGAGGUACGGGCCCUAAAGAGUGCCAUCCCAAAGCUGCAGGAUCACGUCAGGGAUGAGCUGAGAGGACGCAGCGGCCGGGCUGAGGGGGCUGUGGCGCGCGUAAGGGCAGGCCCACCAAACCGAACUACACCCACACGCAGGAGGAAAGUUGCAGGGGGAGUGGCCAGAGCUGGAGGCCAAAGCUCUGAAGAGGAGGCUGAGAGUGAAGGAGGGUACAUAACAGCUUUAACCGACUCUGAGGAAGAAGAGCAGAUUGAGGCUGAGGGUCAGAAUCUGUAUGAAGUGACUGUGAUCGAGCCUCUGAAGGAGUUCUCAGCCCUUCUGGAGAGGGUGGACGCUCUACACGAAGGCAGUGAUGGAGACAAGAGGGAGUGCCUCCGCACCAUGCUGGAUAAGCGGGAGCAGUUUGGACAGAACACUACGUUCUUAUGGCGACUAGUUCGGGCCUACGUGGAUGUUCAUGACAUCACUACCAACCUAGAGCAAAAGAAGACCCAAGCAGAAACUGGGAAGAAAGUUGGAGAGGAAGCUGUAAAACUGAACCCUAUGUGUGCCGAAAGUCAUCAGUGGUACGCCAUAAUGUGUGGCAUCAUGACAGAGUAUGAGACUGUGCAGAACAGGAUAAAGAAUGGCUACAUCUUCAAAGAUCAUUUGGAUAAGGCCAUUGAGCUGAAACCACAAGAUCCUAUGUCUUACUACCUGCUCGGCCGCUGGUGCUAUGCUGUGGCUCAGCUGUCGUGGAUUGAAAGGAAAGUUGCUGCUACAUUGUUUGGAGAGCCUCCGAGUGCCACGGUCCAAGAUGGUCUGAAGAACUUCCUCAAGGUGGAGGAGAUCAGUCCCAAGUACUCCAAAUUAAACUAUGUGUUUUUAGCCAAGUGCUACAGAGACCUGGGGCAAAAAAGUCAGGCCAGGAAGAUGUGUGAUGCUGCUACUUCAAUGGAAACCAUUUCCAAAGAGGAUGAGGAGGCACAGAAGGAGCUGGACACCCUUCUCUCUGCUCUAGGUGUUAAUUGAGGAUAUUGUGGAAUGGCUCCAUCCUAUUGCUAGGGAGGAACCCAGGAUCCUCUUCACUGGAAAACACACUAUGAAGGGAAGCCAAUCCAUGUCUUCCUUGAUUACUGUUGGGACAGUAUCUUCCUCGUGCUCUCUGGGAUUGGAGAUGACUGGAUCGGCUGUGCAUACUAGGGAACAGUGUUCUGGAGAACAAACUUAUCACAGACAUGUCAUGAUGUCUUAUGAAUGCAUAGUGCUUUGACAUCUGUUCGCUAAAGAGAUUGUGGUAAAAUGGACAGUUGGACCUAAGUCAAUCAAUGGUGUUGGUCCCAAUGGGAUAUACAUUAUCUUCCACCUCACAUCAAUACAGUCAGCAAUUAAGUGUAGGGGACCAGGCAAUACAUUUUAUGAAGAUUUUAAUAAUUAUACUGAAGUUGUUUUCAAUACGAUUGAUCACCUGUAUCAACCCAAACAGAUAUAUCCAAAACAAAAACAUAAUAAUUUCAAACCUUGCUUACAUUUGUAUACAAUCACAUUAUCUCUAUAAUGCGUGGGAAUACUUGGGAACAGAUUUUCUAAAUCAAAAUCACUUGAAGCUGAUGUCCUGGUGUAUUUAGUCUUUAAUGUCCAACAAUGAAAAUUCACAAUAAUAAAAACAUGUAUUCAUUUUUGCUGGGUAGCCUAGUGGUUAGAGCGUUGGACUACUAACCAUAAUGUUGCAAGUUCGAAUCCCCAAGCUGACAAGAUACAAAUCUGUCGUUCUGCCCCUGAACAGGCAGUUAACCCACUGUUCCUAGGCCGUCAUUGAAAAUAAGAAUUUGUUCUUAACUGACUUGCCUAGUUAAAUAAAGGUAAAAUAAAAAAAUAAGGAAGGAAACGUGACCCCUAAACGGCUCCUUGGGUCCUCACAUUCACACAAGGUCGGGGUUCUGCUCAUUACAUUCCAGCUAGCUAGAGGACAUUUUUGAGCAUAGAAUGUCAUUUGAGAUUAGAUCUUGUAGCCUAAUAGUCCAUGGGCAAUGUACACGUCAGAGAUUUUAUAUCGUAGGCGAUAGCUUUUACAGAAUUUUGAAUGCUGUUCUAUUCAUUUUUUUUGUGUGUUAAAAAAAUGCAAAUGGUGAGAUGGAUUUUUAUACUUUCAGUAUUUUUCAUUUGUAUGGUUUCUUUUUGGGAUUAUUGGGAGGAAAGUAUGGGCUAUAAGAAUCUGUGGUUCUUUAUUAUUUCUCUUAAGUAUAAUUUUAGUCUUCUGGAAACCAUUAACUGGUGUGUACUUUAUCCAACAGGUGAACUACAAGAAUGGUACUUGUUUUUGUUUUUGCCUAAUAAGUUUUUCUAUAUUCCAGCAAUAUGAAUGUAUGCUUUAGUUUUAUCUAGGGUGGUGCACAUUGCAGUGAAGUAAAUUAUAUUGUAAAUGAAAUACAUUAAACAUUAUAUAGACACCACUGAUCAAUGGUAUUUGAGUCUGCCAUUAGUUAAUAAAUAUGUGCAAUCUUGAUAUGUGCCCCAAGUUCUGAGUCCCAAGUUCUGAGUAUGUGCCUACUGUUUAUGUGCAUGCUUGUGUGAGAGAUGAUGUUCCUGCUGCUGCAAUUCAUGCACACAACUAUUUUUACUUUAUUAAUAUGUAAUGGGGAUAUUUUAAUUAUAUUAUCAACCAAAUAUUUACCCAUCUCUCAGUCCAAAGAUAAUGGAAAAGCAAGGUAUGUAAGCAAGUUCUGACCUGACUGUCAUCGGUAGUGUUGUUUUUUUUGUAAGGCCCGCUCCCCUUCCCCUUUUUGUGCAGACUACAGUUUGUGCCAGAGCCAUUUGGAAUUUGUCACUGGAUCAUAUUCAGGCCUACUUCCCUCUAGUCUGGUCAUGUUUUAGGGUAUUGCCAUGGCACAGACUCACUCUAAAUAGCUACCUCCCGAAGGAACACUAUUCAGUAUUAUAACAACUCAAAAGAAAUCCUGGGAAAGAUGGUUUAGCCUGAUGAUUUGAACCAAAUUUAAUGGAAUUUGCCUCAACACAGCAAGGAACUACAGUAUUCCAUGUCAGUGAAAGUAAUCCUGUUGCAACUUCUGACCAAAUGCUUCCUAAUUUUCAUAUUGGACUGACAAGUUGAUUUUCAUGUGUUUUAAUCGCAGUGUUGCAUUCUGUGGCUGAAACCAGAUUUGUGUCAGAGAAGUGGCUAUAACGCUAUCUCUGACCGUGAUGUCUGCAUGCUUGUCUUGAAGAUGAGACUGCAGAUGGAGUAAUAGACUGGGGACUGUUGUGGGUUACGAAAUGUUCAGGUGACACCUGGAACAGGGAGAAAUUACAGAGCUUACUGCUCAGAUGAGGAGGUGCCAAUUGGUCUGGAACAUGACUAGUUUGGGGGGGAAGUAACUGACCUUCCUUUGGUGCUCCCACCCUUUCCCUGGGAGCCUUGGGACAAACAUCAGUGACUGCAUACCACAGUUGGGGUGCAUUUCAUUUGAAUUCAGGAAAAAAAACUGAUGUUUGUCCCAAUCUGGGGUCUCGUUAGAACUCUACAUAGAAGAGGAUACAGAAUUAUUGCAUUGUGAUUGUCCCUUAGCCCAGGACAUAGUGUCUGUAAUAAACUCAUAGUGGCUGUCACAAACUCUACAUUCAACACAGUUGUCACUGACUAGCUGAGCCAACAUUUCCUGUACUAUCAGCACAAAAUGCAUUUAAAUGAAUGUUGGGAUUUUGUUUAGUGGACCUCAUUUUUUAAUUAACAUUAGUCAAUAAAAGUCAUGAAUGCAA